UCAACUAUAGAGAGUAAAUGGGACUGGGGCCCCUAUAACGCUCUGCCGCUUCACGGCGAGGGUGAAAUGGGCAAGUGAGGAACUGUGCCCUUUUGUUUCGGAAUGCCAACGCGCGCGGUCUUACCCGCUGCUCUUUGGUCCUUGCUGGAUCGGGGCGGCUUCACGUGGCCUUACCGGGGCGACGUGGCUGACGCCGGCGCCCUGUUCGCGCAACUGCUGGCUGCCUCCAACCGUGUGGGCCUCCCCGCGCUCGUCAGCGUCGAGACUUCGCCGCUUCGCCUGGCCCCUUCCACGCUACUCGGGGAGCACAGACUUCGGCUCAAGUUCAUGGGACGGUGGCGCUUCCGCGACUACUACCGCCUGCUCGCCAGCAUGCUGGCCCGCCCCUCGGUGCGUCUCUGGUCCGACCGCAGAACUGGAGUCCCUCUACGUCUGAGAUUACGGUGCUUUCAGCACGAAUAGCAACAUAAAAUUUGCU